AUGGCUGCAGUCGCCGGCGGUGUUGCAGGAGGUGUUGCCGCGGGCUUGAGUAGUAGUUCUGGAGAAUCAGAAAAUAUACCGAGAAAAGUAAACAACUGUAUUUCUCAAAUAUUACCAAAGCUUGACAAGAACAGUAUAGCAAAGAGAGAAAUGAAAUUAUGCGAAGGUUAUUGCUUAUUGUGGCAUCAUCGAGGUCUUGGAACAGUGAAUGGUAGAAAAACUUCGGACAAAUUGAUCUCUUGCGCUUAUGCCUCUGUUAUACUGGAUCUUUGGGCUGCUGACAAGAUUGAUAUAGAAGUAAGAGGAAAACUAACGGACGAAUGUGUAAGAGCAGUGAUAAAGGUAUGUGUCAUGGACAGAUUGCCCCUAGCCUAAGUAUCUAUAAGUAUUUUCCGCCCCAAAAUGCGGGUGGAUGGAAGACAAAACAGGGCAUGACACAAAUCCUUGUCUGGCCGCAUGUGAAAAUCCGGCUUUUCAGCUGAUUGCAUGGUACAGCAGACAAAAAAUUGUAAUCUGUCUUUUGAUUGUUAGAGCUAAUUAGCCUUUCUCUAAACUUGGAUCAAUUCCGUCUCUCAAGAGUCCGAGGGAUUGGACGCGCGAGGUCCAAGUCUACCUUUCUCACGAAGGUCUAAAUCCGCCAAUUUUGAGUACUAUUUAACAAAUAUAAAACAUUUUCCGUGUUGAUAUACAGUUAUGUCAACACGAGUGGAAAUUGGGAAAAUGAGAAAUUGUGUGGAAACACGAAGGGCGGAGUGUUUUCACACAAUUUCGAGUUUUCCCAAUUUCCACGAGUGUUGAUAUAACUGUAUAUCAAUACGGAAAAAAUGUUUUAUAUUUGUUUUAUAAUAUAGCACAAAGAAAUAUAAAGAAAGAAAUUUUCCGACGUUUCCGUGUUGACAUUGAGUUAUAUCAACACGGCCUUUAGCCAAUCAGCGUUCAGAAUUUACAAAUGUUAUAUUAUAAUUUAAAAUAUAAGCGAUGUGAAAAUAAUUUUUCAAAUAUUUAACUGUAAAUCAAUUUAUAAUGAUUAUACUAACAACUAACUAUAGUUAUAGAAAGUUUCAUUAUCACUGCUUACUAUCCCUGUUCUAAAAAGUUGGCAUCCAAAAAUGGCGACGUGAGAAAGGCUAAUUAGAUUACACUGUUGUUACCUCCGCCAGGAGGUUAUGUAAUCAUCUGGGUUUGUAUGUGUGUGUGUGUGUGUGUGUGUGUAUGUGUGUGUGUAUGUGUAUGUGUGUGUGUGUGUGUGUGUAUGUGUGUGUGUUUGUCUGUGAGCACGAUAACUCAAGAAAUACCAAACAUAUCCGUACGAAAUUUUUUGAAUGCAUUUCCCAUCGGCUAAGGAAGAACUGAUUAAAAUUUGGUUGAAUUUGGUUAAAAAUUGAACGAGAAAUGAACACAAUUUUGUCUUGCUUUUCCCGGUCAAUUAACAAAAUAUAUUACUGAAUGCGUAAUUAGGACGUGUAUAAUUUAUGCACUCAGUGCUAAGACAGUAAUGAGAUGAUAAACCUCAUUAAGCUUCGGCCUUCAUUAUCUAUUGUCUUAGUUGCAUUUCACGCGACCGAAAUUCAAUGUCUAAAACAAGGCUUACGGAGUUACGCAUUAUUACGUUCAGCAAAGUGCCAGUCCAUUCAAAUUCUAACAACAUUAGAUUACUUCAAUACAGGGUGUAUAAAAAGAACGCAACCUCGGAAUUUCCCAAGAAAUCGACAUUGUUUUAAAGACAAAAGAUUUUAGCUGCCUGGGAAUUUAAAAUAGCACAACUGUGAAAAUUACUGCACGCGCGAGUGCAUAAAGCAAAAUUUAUGCAUUUAUUUAAUGACACUUAAUAAGUUUUUAUUUUACAAGUACUGUACAGUACAACAACAGUAAUAUGUUCUAUUAGCAAUUCGAUUUCAAUUCGCGGGGGCCUGAGAUCUUUUAUGCUUAAGAAUUAUAAAGUGGAUUUCUUAGGAAAUUCCAAGGUUGCGUUUCACUUCCGAGUAACGGGCGGAGGUAUGCAGUCUCUGAGUGCCCUCUAGUUCAUAAUGUAUUUCGCAGUUUCAUUGUUGUUAUGUGCAAUUGACAUUUUCCCUGGGACAUUUUGAUUGAAUACUAAAUAUGAACUUGACUGUUGGUGAAAAGCGACCGGAUUAAAGGCGGUUUUCCACGAGGCGGAAUUUUUCGACCGAAACGAAAUUUCUCUUUGUCUUUUUACAAUUAGUUCUGCUCGAGAGCUCAUGAAACAAAGAGAAAUUUCGAUUCGGUCGAAAAAUUUCGCCUCGUGGAAAACCGCCUUAAGGCCGGAUUCCACGAGGCGGAAGUUUUCGACCGAAACGAAAUUUCUCUUUGUCUUUUUACAAUUAGUUCUGCUCGAGAGCUCUGAAACAAAGAAAAAUUUCGAUUCGGUCGAAAAAUUUCGCCUAGUGGAAAACCGCCUUUAAGUUUGUGCACGUACUUUAUGACUAAUAGACCUUAUGCAUGAUGACGUCAUUAGGUGUGAUGCUCGCGGUGAAUUCUGGUCUUAGUAAUCACUGCGAGAAAACCAUAGAGAUUAUAAAAGAAUAGAGUGGGCAUUUGAGGAAAAGUUCAGGCAAAUGAAAGGGACAAAUUGAAGCUGGGGGCAAAUUUGAGUUAUGACCCGGAUGUAAAACCAAGAAAUUUUUAUCAACAGUCCUGGCUGUUUUACGUUUAUUUGUGGCGAAGAAUUAAGGAAUUUCCGUUUUAUAUCCUGGAAAUUUGGACGUGCCGAAGUUACGAAAAAGCGCCGCUCUUCUACAUCGAAAAAAAGCACCUUACAACAGUUCUACCGUUUCAAAACUUGUUUUGUAUUAAAGCGUCAUUCUUAAUUUCAUAACAGAUCUCAUAUGACUAUGUCAUAGAUAUUAAACUGAACCAGUUUCAGAGGUAGAUGCGAUACAUAUUACAAAGAUAAAAUAUCAGAUAAACCUUAAAAAGGUGUUUUCGACCUGGUCAUGUAUUUAGUAAGCGUCAUGUAUUAUACAUGAGCCCAUAGACGGAUUUUCUGGGGGGUGCUACCCCCUAAUAUUAGCUAUAACCCCCCCAAACAAAAUGUCCACCCCUCCAAGAAAAUUUUCAACCCCCCCCCCCCAAUAUUCGGCAUAAUAAAUAAAUAAUUAAAUAGUCCACUCCAACGUGCAAAGUGUUGAUGAUACAAAAUAAACGUAGGAGUACACUCGAACAGAAAAAGACAGUGUAACUCUCUGGAAGUAAUCGCUCCUCGCUUACAUUAACUUGUUUAUUGGAGCAAUUGUAAAGUUUUGAAACUCUAUUAUCUCCCCUGAAUAGAGUUUGUAGCGCCUUGUCAUGCAAAUAGCUUGCACGCAAGGAACGUUUCAAAUUUUUACGAACACUAUUUUGAGUUUUUAAUUCUUUUAGGAAAUAGACGUGCCUAGAUUUAAUCUUUACGCCCCAAAUAUUAUUUACGUCGCAGUUGCAUCAUAAAUUGUACUCGGAUUCAAACAACACAAUGUCAAUGACUUUAUAAAAGUAAAAGCAUAUUGUGUAUUGUCCUUUUGGGUUUACACUUUUACAGGUUCAUUUAACUUUAAGUCUUUAACUCUCUCAAGUCUCAACAGACAAUCGGACAUGCCAAAUCCAUUGAUAUGACAAAUGGACAACUUCAAAAAACUUUUUUUCGAAGCUAGAAAUCAUGAUUUUUUCAAAUUUUUCCUGGGGUACUUUGUUUUCUGCUCUCUAGACUCCCCCUCGCGGCUCUAGUGCUCCAUCCCUAGAAUAUAGACCUUACUGGGAUUUGGUGACACUUUGUGUUGCUUCAGUCACCUGCUCACGGCUCACCUCCCCCCAUUUCUGGCACCACCCCAGUAAUAAAUAUAAAAAUCCGUCUAUGCAUGAGCCGUCACGGCUGCUCAGGUAUUUCGCAGAGGUCAGAAAUUUCGCUUGACAGCUCGAAUGGGAAUUCACACCCUGUCAAUCAGAUCGCGCUUCUACGUCCGAGCAACAAGAAUUUACAUCCGGAAAUUCCUGAAAUUUGCUCCCAACUGGAAGCUUUAAUUCAAUUUGUCCCUCGAUUUCUCCCUGAAUACCCACUCUAUUCUUUUGUAAUCUCCAUGGCGGUAAACUAUCCAACAAACAACAUGAAAAUGAAGGCAACAGUCUGAAAGAAUUUUCUGCCUCGAUAGCGUCUCGCUGAUUUCAAGACGAAAGAAGACAGCAUCAACGCCGACGCGAAAGGUUGGACAAAAUCAUUGGCAAAACUGCCUCCGUUUAACCACGAAACGUUGGAGAAUAAGCUGGCGAAAAACAGCCGUACAAUGCCCCGAUAAAACAUCCUGAAACACUGCACGUAAAAUUGCCAGCAUCUCCACUUCUUUUACCCGUACUAGUGGAUGAAAGCGGAUUGUUGCCGUUAUUUUCAGGGUGUGAAAUCCCUAAAUAUCCGUGUCAGAGUUCUGAAAUGAAAGAACUAGACUUUUCAUGGGCUUGAACAGUCUCUAAAAUACGGCAAAGAACAGCAUGCAGCACGCUCACCUUAGACAGUGGCCAUAUACUGAAUUGUUUUCCCGCCGUGACUACUGAGACCAGAAUUCACCGCGCGCAAGUCACCUAAUGACGUCAUUACGCAUAAGGUCCAUUCAAUUUGACCUUGAUAUUUAAAAUAGAGUGUACGGUACCUGAAGUAUUCAAUAUCCUGCUUGUAUUUACAUAAGUGUCGUAUCCUCUGCCUUCAAGCGAUUGCAUUUUGCGAUAGGGUAUUUUCGUGAGCCGUGAAUUGCCAGUAUUUGUUCUCGUGAAACGACGGAUAUUUGUGUCGUCAAACAUGAUUUGCAUGGCUAGUCAUGAGCCGUGGUUGCCGGUAAUUUUUGUACCGGAUUUGAUGACUUGACGAGUAGUGAGAAUUGCGAACACGAAGAAAAACAAUGCUUUGGGUGUAACAAUUUUACUAGUUAUGUCCGUUGAUUUAAAAAAUCAGUGUUGAAAUAAGUUUCCAAAACGUAAAAACAGGCUAAUGGGUUAAGACAGAGGCGUAGCCAGGAUUUUUGGUCAGGGGGACCAGCAAAAACCCAGGUGGGGCCAAAAAGUUUCCAGACCACAACAUUUUAAAUGUCCCGCCUUUUUUGGUAAAAAAAAUUUCCGAACAAUAACAUUACAAUUGCUUUCGUAGCACUUUUCCCCAUUUCCGUAUUACUUUUUCCGAUGCUUCACCACGAAGAUUUCCACAACAUUGACAAUUUUUCGACGGGUCAUAACAAUAGGGGGGGGGGGCGGCACGGCGCCACUGCCGAGCCCGCGUUAAGAAAUCACUGGUAAAAAACAGAUUGGUUUAAACUUCAUCUAACCCUCAUUUAAUACAUAUUGAAAUAAUUAGGGUUAGAAAAGGUAUGUGUUUCAAGCUGUGUGCCGCAAAUAAGCGAACAAGAUUUUAGGUUUCACACCGAUGCGCAGCAAAGCAUAUAUUCUACAGAAUUUUUGCAUUAUUGACAGCAUGAAGUUAUAUAAUCAAGGAUUCCCUUUUUUAUACAAUACAUUUUGUCAGGGGGGGGGGGGCAAAAUUUUGCCAGGGGGAGGCCGGGGGUCCCCCGACCCCAGCCGUGGCUACGCCUCUGGGUUACGAAAUGGCAUUAAAAGUCGAGAUAGAAAAUAAAAUUUACACAUUCAGUUAAAAAGUAACGUGUUUUUUUUUAAAUUUUUGGUAAAAUGGUUACUUUUUAACAUGUUUAUAUUUAGGUACUGGACGCUACAAAAACUGGUUCAUUUCUGGAUGGCGCUGGCUUCAGUGAGAUGAUCGCAGUGCAUGAGCGAGAAAUUUGAGGGACCUAAAAGACUGGAUCGAAUGUUGUGCCAUAGGAGAUGCUGACAAAAACUGUGUUUCAGUCGUUGUCGAUUAUUUUGUUGAGAAAGGGAUUAUUGGCAAGGAAAGCAAGUGGUUUGGAAUGAAACAAACUUAUCCUACCAAAAAUAAAGGUUGGUAGUAAUAUAACAUAUUACAUAUAGGACAUAUAGUGAGUCGUACACUUGAAUCUUGGACAGAUGUUGAAUCAUUGUUAAAUAGCUAGUGCUGAAACUAAACAUGAUUGGCUGAUUUGUGGUCGCGUGGAUUUAUAUAAUCCUGCUGGGCAACAAGUGAAGAACUGUUGCCCGUUCCGACCGGCUACGUAUAUACAUAUAUAAAUGCUCCAAAUGGAGUGAUCAAAAAUACAGAGAGAACGUUUUUCCAGUUUACGAAAGAAUACAGUAUCUAUAAGGUCCGAAUUUUGCAUGUAUGUAUUGAAUUAAAUUUGCGACUUCUGAAAUUAGGGGCGCUUUCCAUUUAAUGGUCGGACCGGUCAGACCCAAAUUUUUGUCUCUAUAUUAAUGGAAAGAUCUGGUCUAUGUUUCUCAAAUAUCUAGCGAAAAUGGACCUCAUUCUAAUGCUAUCUAAAUUUUUCGGUCAGAUAGGUCCGAAGCCCAACCGUUUUGUGUUCCAUUCAACAAUUUGACCGUUCUGACCAAGUCUGGCCGUGUUAAUGGAAAGCGCCCCAGGUCACACUUUGCUCGCAUUUUGCGACCGCAUCGGUCGAAUGUAAAGUUAUACGGUCGACCAUAAUUAGAAACGUCGGAUUCAACUGUUUCAGACGUCGAAUUUCGCAUGUACAUAAUCCAACCUAUUGAAUUCAGACACACGUAAAAUGCGACGUGUGAAAUAGGCCUAACAGACUCAGCAAGUAGAACGUUGUGGACAAGUGUAGGUGAACGUUCAGUUGUCGAAGGUUAACACAAUACGUAUUGUUUUCAGCGCCUAAAUAAAACGUAAUCUGAAAAGUAAUUAGAUAUAAAUUGCUUUGUAACAAUUGUAAUUAGUAAUUCAUAAUUAAUUACUUUUUGGACGAAAGCAAUUUGUAAUAUGUAAUACUGUGUUCGAGAAGAAAUUGUAAUUUUUACUCACUACUUCUUUGGUAAUUUUCAUCACAUGCAGAUCUAAUAAUCAGGGGUACUGGGAUAUUUUUUCUAUUCACGCUUUAUUUCCAUUUCAGAACCACAAAUACAAUUACUGCUGGAGGUCCGUCGUAUUACGUUGCAAGAUGAGGUCCCAGAUGGUUUCAUGUCCGCGUUGUUGGCCAUCUUACGGUUUGCAGACAGCCUGCACAACACUGAAGAUCCUUUAUUACGAAGAUAUUAUGAUGAUACAGAAUAUGAUAAGGCAAAACCUGGUUUGGACGAAAUUCUUCGCAGUUCAGGUAUCAAAGUCUUAUAA